AUGCCGGCGUCGCGGAUGCUGCUUAUGAGUCGCAGCACUGAAUCCAUCGGAAAUUUCAUGGUCGACGCCCAGGCGCCUCUUCAUCUGUUGUAUAAGCGUGACAAGCUGUACGGCCGGCAGUCUGCUCUCAUGUUGGUGAUGGAUCAAGUGCCGCGAAGAAUGACCGCCACGGCAAGAUUGCGAUCGCUGUGGUAUAGGCAGAUGGAGGCAAGCAGGAGACACUAUUGUGAGGUUCGUACACGGCCCGAGAGGUCCAAAUGGUCCGUGCACAGAAAGUAUCUUCGUACCCCAGGAGACCCUGGAACCUCUCAACGCGUCCAUGACCCCGAGACGCGACUCGAUUUUGACAUCACCACAUUCCCCGAUUCGUGCAGGCCGAGCCCUUUCAACUCCAUCCCCGCCAGUAAGCUCCCGAAUCCAAUCAUGGCGCCAGCCGAGAAGAAGCAGAAGUCCCUCACAAGCUUCUUUCAGCCUAGGCCUGCCAGCAGCCCCGUGGCUGCUUCACAGAAGCCGACGACGCAAUCGCCAUCGCCAUCGCGAGCCGAAACCAACAAGACAAAGCCAGUCGAGACUUCCCGGAAGAGGCCGCUAGAGGAGGACGCCGACCGAGUCAACAAUGGAUCCAAUAGGACUUUGAAGAGGAGAAAGGCCGAUAUCUCGGAAGAGGCCGAAGGGGAGGUAGCCCCUUCACCAUCGUCGCCUCUUGGAUCCAAGGCCCGGCCAUCUGCACCGAAACCGUCAUCGCGAACAGAGCGCUUUCUUUGCAUGGAACCGUCUUCUGACGCUGCAGUGCCGCUUAAAAAAGAUGACGAAGAAGAGGAAGACGCAGAAAUGGCCCAGAAGACGGAAAGAAGAUCUUCACAAACGUUUCGUCAAGAAACUUGGCCACCCAGACAGCAUGCUGCGUCGCGGGGUCCUGCCACUGAAGAGGCUACACAGGGCGCUGAAGAUGAAGACGGGGAAGAUGGCGAUGAGGAAGAGGCACCACCGCCACCCAAAGGCGCGAAAAAGGGUGGCGCUCGCGCGAACAAGAAGCUCACGCCCAUGGAGAUACAGUUCCUCGACAUCAAACGCAAACAUAUGGACACAGUCCUCAUUGUUGAGGUUGGCUACAAGUUCCGUUUCUUUGGCGAGGAUGCGCGAAUCGCCGCUCGCGAGCUGAGCAUUGUCUGCAUACCUGGCAAGUUCCGCUACGACGAGCAUCCUUCCGAAUCACAUCUCGACCGUUUCGCAUCCGCCAGCAUCCCCGUUCACCGGCUGCCCGUACACGCCAAGAGGCUUGUCGCCGCCGGUCACAAGGUUGGAGUCGUGCGGCAACUCGAGACAGCUGCACUGAAAAAGGCUGGCGACAACCGGAAUGCGCCUUUCGUGCGCAAGCUGACCAACGUCUACACGAAAGGUACAUACAUUGACGAGAAUGGAGAGCUCGAUUCGCAAGGGGAAAAUGGCGCCCCAGCCGCUGGCUAUCUUCUCUGCAUUACCGAGACGCCUUCCAAAGGUCAAGGCACGGACGAGAAGGUCGAUGUGGGCAUCGUGGCAGUCCAGCCGGCAACGGGAGACAUCAUCUACGAUAACUUCGAAGACGGAUUCAUGCGUAGUGAGAUCGAGACCCGCCUGCUGCACAUUUCCCCGUGCGAGUUCGUCAUCGUAGGGGACCUCACCAAGGGUACAGAUAAGAUGAUCCGCCACCUGUCAGGCAGCAGUACCAAUGUCUUUGGUGAUCGGAGCCGCUUUUACGCUGACAAGAUGAAGGAUACGGCAGCGGAGUCGGCUGCUAAUGGGACCGCAGUACUGUUGCUCGACAAAGUCCUGCAUUUGCCCGAGGCCGUGACUAUCUGUCUGUCUGCAAUGAUCACGCAUCUCAAGGAGUAUGGCCUCGAGCAUAUAUUUGAUCUGACCAAAUACUUCCAAAGCUUUACAACUCGCCAGCACAUGCUGAUCAACGGCUCAACCCUCGAGAGCCUUGAAGUAUAUCGUAAUUCCACCGACCACACCGAACACGGUAGCCUUUUCUGGGCCCUCGACAAGACUUCUACACGCUUUGGGCAGCGACUACUGCGGAAGUGGGUUGGCCGUCCUUUGCUUGACGAUAGUCAGCUUGAGGAACGUGUCGCCGCUGUGGAAGAAAUCGCCAAUGGCCAGGGCACCCCACAGGUUGACAAGCUCGAGGCACUUCUGGUCAGUAUAAAGACAGACCUCGAGCGCAGCCUCAUUCGCAUGUACUACGCAAAGUGUAGUCGCCCCGAACUCCUUGCUGUACUGCAGUCCCUGCAGCGUAUUGCGACCCAAUACGCGACCAUCAAGACCGCUUCUGAUAUCGGGUUUGACUCUCCCCUCAUCGCAAACGCACUUCUCUCCCUUCCUCACAUUCUCGACACUAUUAUUUCCUAUCUUGACAAGAUCAACCCCGAGGCUGCUCGCAAAGAUGACAAGUACAACUUCUUCCGUGAAGCCGAGCAGAACGAAGACAUUCAGGACUUCAAGAUGGGUAUCGUAGCUGUCGAGCAAGAACUUGACGAGCAUCGCCGCGAUGCCGCCGCUAAGCUCGGCCGGAAGAAACCCGUCGACUACGUCACAAACCUCGCGCGCAUGGCGGAUCCCACCGGCGAGGGACCCAUUCGGAAUGUGCACAUGCGGUUCACCGCCACCAGGCCGGAUGGGCGGGAAGCGCCUGACAACGGGGCCGGCGCUGAUAGUGAAGGCGAUGACGAUGUUGACGCCGCCGCCGCUGCGGAUGAGGAGAUUACGUUCCUUUACGAGGUGGCGGAGGGCGUCGCGCACAGAUCAUAUGGCCUCAACGUCGCGCGUCUGGCGCGGAUCCCCCGCAAGGUCAUCAAUGUGGCUGCACGCAAGUCGCGCGAGCUGGAGAGAGAUAUGCGGCAUACGCAGAUUGCAGGGAGCUGGUCGUCUCUUGUCUGA